GACAGAUUGAUAAGAAUGUUUGGUUUGGUUGGUCUUGGUCCGACAGUUUGGUAUUUUUGAUAAUAAGCGUGGUUUUCGGCCUUUUCGGGUUUUACAGACUGCUGAUCUUUCUCGAAUCCUGGUGAACAAUUGAACAUUCAACUUGAAGAAAGAUGGUCAAACUCACUGCAGAAAUAAUACAAAACUCCAUGCAGUAUAUCAACCCAGUGAAGGAUAGGGAACUUGACUUGAGAGGCUACAGAAUCCCAGAAAUAGAGAACUUAGGAGCUACUGGUGAUCAGUUUGAUACAAUAGAUUUCUCAGACAAUGAUAUAAGGAAGUUUGAUGGCUUUCCAUAUCUAAAGAGGUUGAAAUGCUUACUGAUGAAUAAUAACCGCAUUGUGCGCAUAGGGGAGCAUUUAGAAGAAUAUAUUCCCAACAUAGAAAGUCUUAUUUUAACAGGAAAUCAGAUUGAUGAACUAGGAGACAUUGAACCGUUAGUUACCCUAGAAAACCUCACUACCUUAAGUUUAAUGUUCAACCCUAUUACAGCAAAACAGCACUACAGGUUGUUUGUAAUUUAUAAAAUUCCUCAGUUGAAGUUGCUUGAUUUUCGAAAAAUUAAGAUGAAAGAGCGUGAAGAAGCUAAGACUCUAUUCAAGAGCAAGAAAGGAAAAGAAAUACAGAAGGAAAUUGCUAAAAAGUCAAACACAUUUGUACCUGGAGGCAAUAUGAAUAGUGUAGCUAAAAGUCGAGGGUUAACAGAUGAAGAAGUGAGGAAAAUCAGAGAGGCCAUCAAUAAAGCCAGUUCUUUGGAUGAGGUAGAAAGGCUUCAAAAACUCCUGCAAUCUGGCCAAAUUCCUGGAAAUGAAUUCAAUAGAACUAAUAAUAGACAACAGAAUGGAAAUUCGAUGGAGUAUGAAUGAUGACAUGAUGGGUAAGAAAUCAACUGGGAGUUUUUGAAGGUUUUGAAUCAAAAAAGUUUAAUUUAGAGUAUGUAAUGUUAUGUUGAAAUUAUUAUUUGAUAAUUAAGAUGAUAAGAACAAUGUACGAUUCUGCUGAUUACUAAUGAUUCCAAUAAAUGUUUUUCCUGAGGUUGAGAAGCGAUACUACCACUCA